AGAAGUUUCGUGUUUCAUUUUCGGUCGCAUUUUUCGUCAACAAUUUUUCGUAAUGUAAAAAAAAAAAAAUCUGAAAAUAAGUGUAAUUUUUUGAUGAAAAUUUUAUAAAAUAUACUUAAACAAUUAACAAUAAUUAAGCAAAUAGUGACACAUGAAUAGUUUAUGGUUUAAAGUGUGAAUUUUGUACAUAUUUCAGGCAAGUGAAAAUUUGUUGGGCGAAAUUGCUGUAAUUGUGUCAAUUUGUCUUUUUUCCUUUAUAACUACUAAUGACUUCCAAUUUGCUGGGAGUCGCUAGUUCUAAUCUGGACGUGUGUUCCUUUCUAAAGAAAUAAAGAAAAACUAAACAUGUUAUACAUUCACAGAAAAAGUCAAUUAAAAGACGUUUGGAAAAAUUGUUGAGUGUUUGUUUAAUAAUAAAAAAAAAGGAAAAAAGAAAUUGCGUACGAAGGGAUGGACUGGAAUAUCUGCUGCGGCUUUGUUGUUUUUUAAUUCCCGCAAUAAAGAUAGUCAUUGCUAAGUGUAAUAGUGAUAGUAAGAGUGGAGUAAGUGCGUCAGCGGGUACAUACAGAGACCAAUAACAGAAGUACUAGCAGCAACGGCUGCCGUAGCAACCUUCUGUUAAAAGUGCAUUUGUGUGUGCAAUGAAAUAAAAGGAAAAAAGAGGGUGUAAAAGUGAGAAUUCUUGGAAAAUAUUUAGAAAUUCAGCAACUAAACUAGAAAAAGUUUGAUAAUUUAUAUUUCUACUUUCAAAAUAUCUUGCUACACAAUAACUGUUGAGCAUGGAGAAUUAAUGGGCAGCUAAUGCUAUCCUUAUGCUAAUAAUGCUGCAUUUCUUAUCCAUAUGAUGAAAUAUUAGUAAGAGUCAAGAUUUCGAGAAAGAAGAGAAACGUUAAUACGAAGAAACGUGCCAACAACAUGUCGGAUGAUAAGGAGUAUCAGGAUGGUGAUGUGGUUUGGGUUAAAUUGGGCAACAAUUGGUGGCCAAGCGAAGUUACUGGUCCGCAUAGGCAACCGGAAGGUCUUGUAAAACAUUUAAAGCGAAAGCCAUAUUGUGUCGUAAAAUUCUUUAACGAGGAUACUUACGAAUAUGUGCGGAGUUCUAAAAAAAUAUUUCACUAUCAGUGCAUUAAAAAAGAUGAAUUCAUAAAACGCGGUUAUUCUUUAUACAAUGGGAACAAUAAAUUUAUGGAAAAAUUUCCAGCUGACGUUGAGGUUGCUGAGCGAUUGAUACGCCACAAUAACACUUUGAGAAUUAACGAUCGUCCGGAUAGUAUUGUUAAAGCCAUACUGGGGCAACCAUUAGUACGUAGCAGUUUUAAUGAUGCCUAUUCGAACGCCGUUGGUACUACGGACAAUUGCUCUGAUUAUAUGCGACGAAGUGGAGACUCGGUUACAAAAAUUUUAAAUCUUACACCACAACAAACAAGCACUACUACCACCAGUAGCGCUAAUACUAGAUCUUCUACGAAAGCAAGAGAUGCCUCAAAUAACAACAAAUCGAACUCAGUGAUUAAUACAAGAACACGAACAAAUUCAGCUAAUGCUAAGCAAUCAAGUGCUGUAAACGAGAUAAGCGUACCGUCAGCAUCUGUGGCGAAUUUCUAUCAAUGCAACAUGUGCGAUUUUACCAGUGUCCGACAGAACGUUAUGAUCUUGCAUAGAAAAAUGCAUAGCAGUAGAAACGUAAAUACCAGUCUUAGCUCUGAUAAGUCUCGCACCAGUGCCGGCUGGUUUGCAUGUUCGUCCUCUUCCUCCUCAUCUGAUUCGACAGUUAUCAGUAGCAAAGAACCAGUAAAUGCUGUUAACGACGUCAGAAUGACAACAAAUCAAACUGAAAAGCAACCUGCCUUGAAAACAUUGUACCAACCGAAUCAUGUGGCGGCGUCAAAGUCUGAAGUAAGCUUUAGCGCCGAGUCAGAGGAUGAGGAAGAAGCGGAAUUAAUAACAAGCUCCUGGAACCGUAGUAUCCCAUUAAAAAGUUUAACGAAUAGAAAAUCGAUGGCUCAUAAAGCAAACGGUUCCAAUAUUUCACCAAAGCCGCAAAUAGAUUAUUCGCCAGCGGCUAUCAACUCUUUACCUAAAAAAAUUUCUUUUACUGCAUUGGCUUUACGGAAAAAUUACGAAAAUGAUCGUAUCGAUCCGUUUGAAGAAGAACAAAGAAAGGAAAGAAAUAAGCAAGAAGAAGCAAGAAAAAGGGCAACAGAAAGUGUGGCACCGGCACUCCCGCCCAAACCUAAAACUAAUGGUGAAGAUUUAUGUAGACAAAUAUGGGACGAGUGGAGUGACGAAGGAGAUGAACCGACUCCUCAAAUCAGUCAACCAACGCCUCCUCAAUCUAUUUCCGUCCUCCCCAAUAGAACGGUGGUAGAUACAAAGACAUCGGGUCGCAUACGUAAUAUACCGAAAAAAGACCGUCGCGACGUUGUAUUGCAGGAUUUUAACAGCGAUUUUAAUACGCAAACAGGAUAUGAAACAGUGACAAACGUGAAUGUGGAAAUGAAAGAUAAUUCUCCACAAAUUAUAGUAAAUGUGGAUAGCAGUAAUUGUUCCAACUCAUCUUUGGUGGAAAUCAUUGAUGAUGAACCCAGCGGUACAGUGAUUACUAUACCAGAUGACGACGUAGUAGCGGAUAGCGAAGAAAGUUUUCAACCUACAUCAUCGAGUUCCCUUAAAUCACACUCGACGGGAGAGAACAAUCCUAAUCAUCGUAAAGAUUCACGAACUUCGGAGGACAUUCUAUCUUGUUUUGAUUUUCAAGAAGAAGAAGAAGGUUGCACCUCAAUGACUCCUUUUAAAAAGAAACAUUUACCAACUGACAAAAACUUGGUGGUGAUCGAAGACGAGGAGGACAUCUUGAGAAAAGCUGGAGAAAUAAAUAAAAGGAAUGAGGAAACCUGUAAAACUCAUAGCCAAUUGGUGGCAGAGAUUGAUUCUUUGUUAGAAGAAACUGAGUUACCGAUAACUUCUAGGCUAACAAAUGUUACAUCAAUAAUUGCUUUACCAACACUUGCUACACCGGUAACGGCAACAUCAGCAAUUGUCACUGCAGCAGCUACUACUACAUCAGCAAUUGCUACAUUAGCAACUGCUGCAUUAGCAACUACUACGCCAGCAAUUGCCGCACCAACGACAACUGCUUUAUUAACAACUGCUAUAGUAUCAACAACGGCACCAACAACAUCUACACCAAUAACGUCUUCACCAACAAUUGCCAUAAAUACUAUGCCGCUUGAAGAAGAGAUGGCAGUUAAGGGUCUACCUAUUAAGGAACGCGGUAAACGAAUCUUCAAAUCACGUAACCGUUCGCGUUUUGAAGAACUCGGGUACAAUGAAAUGCAAACGUCAAUGAACAUAGCAACAGAAACCUCUAAAGAUGUUUUGUCUUCAAGCACAAAUCAAGACGAAAGGCAAGAAGUUGUAGUAGUUGAUUUAAAUGAUACUGACGAUAAGAUCAAUGAACAAGAAUCAAUGGAACAACGGGGCGUGACUGAAGUCGAAAAUGUUGUAGAAAUCAUGGAUGAAAGUCAUGAAGAAGAGUCUUCAGCCAAUAAAAUAAUGGAUCAGAGGUCGAAUAUUAAUGAGAGAGAACAAGAAGAAGAGGAGGAGGAGGAGGAGGAGGAAGAAGAAGAGGAUGUGGUAGAAAUUCUUAAUUCUCCGGAACCUAAGGUUGCAUCAGAAAUGGGAGGAAAGGAACAAUCUGAAAAUUUCAUUGAAGAGGCGCAGGAAGGGCAACGUAUGGAAACUCCCAAAAAUCUUACUGCUAUCACUAAUAACGAAACUCUUGAGAAAGAAAAUUUCAUCGGAACCCCUGAAAACGGUAACAGUGAAAAUAAUUCGGACGCAGAAGAAAUUGAUAAAGCUCAUGAAGAUGCAAAUAUUUGUGAAGAUCAACAACAACUUCAGCAACAGGUAUUUGAAGAAGAAUUGCCUUCUGCAAUGAGCGAUGAGCAGAGGAAUCGUUUGAUUUCUGAAACUCCGACUGAUGAAAAUAGUUCUUUAGCCACAUCGGAUACAGAAGCGGAAUUCGGAUCACCAGCUUCCAUGUUAGAUGAAGAGCGUUUGCCAACCUUUAUGUAUAACAACAAUAAUGAUGUAACGAUGCAUCAGCCUUCAAUUGACGACCACGAAGAAGAGGAUCUUCGAUUGGAGAGAAAUGAAUCUGUAGAUAACGAGUAUCCGCAACGAAGGCCUUCGGAGACUUCAAAAAACGAAAGAAUACAAGAGGUCUCACAAAUAUCGACUAAUGAAAAGGCCAACAAGAUAUGUGAUGAAGAUACAUUGGCGCUGCCAAGAAAUGAGAAGACACACGAGGUAUUUCGGGUAGAGGAAGUAUCGCAAGUGAUAAUAAAUGAGAAAGUAAGUGAACAAUAUCAGCAAGAGGCAUUAGAUUUGAUAACAAAUCAAGGGGCAACGGGGACAAACCAGCAAGAGAUAUCAGACUUAGCAGGCAACGAUGAAAAAGUAGAGCAGGAACAGCAGCAGCAGCAGCAGCAGCAGCGGCAGCAACAAGUUUUGGAAAAGCAAAGAAAUGAAAUACGAAACGAUAAAUAUCGGAGCGAAACGUUCGACUUGCUGCGAAAUGAAAAGAAAAUUGAGGAGGAACAAGAAAAUGUAUUGACAUUGCAAGGAGACGAAGGUGAGGUAGUAAUUACAACCAAAGAAAGUUUACAACUUGAAGCAACGGAAGAUAAUACCAUUGAACAAAAAUUUCCCGCAGAGAAUCAUAGAAACGCGAUAGAAGAAACUGCCGACGGUUUAUUUGAAUCAAAUGAAAAUCAAUUUGCGUUGGAAGCCAAUGAAAUAAAAAACCCUGGAGGAGUAAUCAGAAAAGAGAUUUAUAUAAAUUUAGACAAUUUAGAUGGAUCAGAGGGCUUAUGUAGGGAGACGGCUGACUUUGUAACUGAAAUUACCGCAAAAGAAUUAAUCAGUCCAAAAAUGAAAAUAAUACCACCACCACCACCACCACCACCACCACCACCAUCAUCAUCAUCACUAGCACCAGCACGUCGAUCUACCAUAGAAAAAAUGGAUGAUUUAAAUCUUUCUGCGGAAGCGAAUAAACCGUUUGAUGCGCCAGUGUCUGCCCCAUUUGGCGACGUUCAUGUUAAAAAUAUCAAUCCAGAAAUGUUUAACACCAGAGAGAUGGAAGUUCCAAGUGGUCGUUUAAGUAAAAGACGAGCACACAUUAAAAUAACACCUAGGCGAAGUGGCGGUGAAUUUUCGAAAGAGGACGUUAGCACAUUCGAUUGGAAAAAAUCGCAUUUCUAUGGUAAAGCUUGGCAUUUACAACAAAAGGAGAGUGAACAUAGCAUCCCGGUGGAAAAAAGCGUCGAAUUUAAUGAUAAUUCCGAUAAGAAAAAAGAAAAUUUGGAUGUUAACGAUAUACCAGAAAAGGAGAAGGACGAAGAGACAAAAAGCUCGGAAACGAAAGAAGAAAAGGAAAAAACUCUGAUCAAUAUUCAAAAUGCAGAGAAAUUGGAACAAUUUCAGUUGAAAGAAAGUACUAAGAAUGAGGAACCAACCAUUGAUGAAAUUACUUCCGUCGAUGAGUUGGUGGUGACCGAUAAUACUGGAAAUAAUAAUAAUAAUAUAGACGAUGAAAUUGAUAAAGAAGAUAGUGUUUUGGAUUCUCCAAUCGCCAAAGAUUUGCCCCAUGAUCUGCGAAAGGAUGACCACGAAGAUGAAGAGUUAGAGUUAGAGUUAGAAAAAAAUGAAGAGAAAACAUACAUUUCGGCGGAAAAAUCAUUAGAAAAUUUUGUAAGCGACGUUUUGCAAAAUGGUACAAAAAUAAAUAAUGAAAUUUUGAAGCUUAGAACGAAUGAAUUAGGAGGAAACUCUCCAGAGAAAAAAAGCAAUGAACCGAAAACAGAAUCAUGUUCAUCAGGCGUAAAGGACUCACAGGCGGCAGAUAUAUUAAAACCAUCAGUUAAUAUAUGGAUUGAAAAAGUAAACGCUCUAAAUAAACAAUUAGAAAGUUUUCCAUUAGAAGAAAGUGAAAGUUUAAAGAAAAUUACGGAACCGGAGGACAUGAAACGAAUUUCUGAUGUGGGAAGCGAGCAAAGAUCGAAACAAGAGAAAAUCGAAAAAAUAUUAAAAGAUGUGGACGAAUCAUCAAAAAUCCAAAAAAAGAGAAAAAGUAUCGAUAGUGAAGAUAAAGACGAGGUAAAGAUGAAAUCAUCAUUUAUUAAAGAUUUACAGGUAUCAAAAAAUCAAGAGACUGUUACUAAAAACUUUCCCAAGAUGUGGCAAGAGAUUGAGGUUAGUCUCGCCAAAAAGCGAAAACUUAAUGAGGAACACAUUUUAGCCGUAGGAAAUGCUAUUGACGGCUCUGAAUGCGUAGCAGCAGCCGAAACUAUUGUUUACACAUACGAAGGUUCGCCGAACGAUGAAAAUAUUACAAAUAUUCCAGCUCAUAUUAGUAAACCUUCUCAAGAAAUCCGCAUAGAUGCAAAAAUCGAGGAGGAGGAGGAGGAGGAAGAGGAGGGGGAGGUGGACGAGGACGAAAACGAGGAGGGGGGUCAUAGAAACGUUCAUUGUACGGAUCAAGAUGCUGCGAAUAGUCGAAGCCUUUCACAUUUACCGGAUCAAGAUAUGAAACACCUUCAAGAAAGUAGCAAAAAUCGAAUAACGCCAGAAGAUCAUGUAGCCGCCCCAGCCAACACCCAUUGCCUCGAUCACUCUACAAAUGAAAGUGAGGCAAUUUCCCAUUUUUCACAUCAUCAUGAUACAAAACCUAUUAUUUUGGAAAGCAACAAAGAUUCGAUAACGCUCUCGGAGCAUGAAGCACCUGUCCGUACACAAAAUCUAACUGAAUGUGAAAAUAUUUCAAAUUUUCGUCAUCAUCAUAAUGUUGAGAAUACCCAAGAAGAAGUUAAUAAAGAUUUACUAAUGCUUGCAGAUCAUACCGUCAUUCAUGAAAGUAGUAGUCCCCAAUCUAUUGAGGAUGAGAAUAAUAAAUUAUUUUCGAUUAAAAAUAUUACCGAACCGUCUUCGACAAACGAAAUUCAAAACGACGAUGAAAAAAUGCUGAGAGAAGUUUCAAGCAAUGUGCGUAAUAACAACGAAUCGUCCGAGCAAGCGACAACAUCUCUUAUAGUUUUUACACCAGAAGUUGAUGACACAAUUGUUAAAGAAACCGACAUUUCUGAUAUGCAGCAGACAUUAAACUCACCCCUACCAAGAUCUGAUAAUGAAUUUCUUAAUCAAGAAAUACGGGCUACUGAACUGUUGCAGGCUGUUAUUCCAAAUAAACCACACAUUAGUGAUAAAUCUCUUUGCAGUCCGCUGUCGUCAGAAAUGGUUAUUAUAUCUCCACCCGGUAGAGAAGAGGUCGUCCAAAGUGAAAUAAUGCCAACAAACGUUCGCACGGAAAACGAGCCUAUAGUUGAGCCGGGAUUUUUAGUAAUAAAGACACCGCAAUCAAUGGAGAAUAAUAAUGAAGAUGCCGAUAAUAAUACGCAAUUGGAUGCGGAAUUCUUAAUAGAAUUUGACAGUAUUGUUAACAGCCAAGAACAUCAACGCGAACAAGUGGUAGAGGAAAUUAUUAGCACGGAAGAAGCCCUGAACAAUAUUAUUGAAGAAGUUCAUGAUAAUAAUUUACAGCAAAAUGAUUGCGAUUUUAUUGAGGCCCAUAACGCGAACGCUUUGAUGAAUAUAUCGCAGCCUAUGCAAGAGGAGAUAGUACAAGAAGUGAUUAUAUCGAAACCGAAGGAUAUACAAUAUAAUAUGCAAUCACAGCAAAUUACAGCACCGCCAGGCAGUCGUGUGGUCAUGGAAUCGCGUCGUAAAACCGUUUGUAAAGAUAAUUUAAAAAAUAGCGAAAGCGUUGGAUGCAAGACAUACGCAUUGGAUGUUGAAGCCGUUAUACCUGCCAUUAAAACGGUUCGAAGAACAAAUGAACGCAAAUUAACGCUACCAGCGGCCGAUAUUUCAGAUAAAGUGCGUUCAAAUCGGGAUACAUCUCAGCCGCCUAAUACGGCAGCAUAUCCUACCACCACUAAACGUGUACCUUAUAAAAGUCCCCUUACGGCGGUUAAACGAAAAAUGUCGAUUGAAGAUAAUAUUACAUCGUUCAUUAUUGAGCGUCCGAAACCGAUGACCUCCGCGUCAUCUAACGCGCCAGGACCACCUCCAUUAAAAAGGUUAGACUAUAACGCCACUAAUCAAGUGAAAACUAACAACAAUCCAACAGCAACUAUUAUAGCUUCAAGUGGUGAGAUAUACGAUUUGCCUGCACUAUUAAAUAACGAUCAGUUGCUGCAAGAGUUAAUACAGACGGCAACGCCGACAACUCUUACAGCUGUUACGGAAGAUUCCAUGCAGAAUAGUAGAUCGGAAAAUGCAAAAGUUAUACACCAGCAAAUUAUACAGGGUCCACCUUUAAUCGCGGCAUCUCCUUCAUCCGGGGUCAUUCAGCAAAAACAAAAAUUACCUAUCAAUCCAUCAACGAAUAGUUCGCAACGUUUAGCAAAGUCAACGUGCGCUGGCAAUUCAAAGAAUAAACAAAUCGGUACAGAUAGUCGGGGUAAUAAGUAUCUUAUUAUAAAAACACCCGCUACCGAUCCAGCAGUGCAUCCGCAUAUAUUCACGCAAACACCGCCAAUAUCAGCGAUGAAUAAUUUAUCAACAAACUCGUUAAAAACUACGUCAACCGCUCAACAACAACAACAACAACAACAACAUGCCUUAAGUAAACCGAAAUCUACAAAUUUUGCAAGCGGCAGAAAACAGCAGGGCAGCAUAAUUACUUUGCCUAGUGCAUUAACAUUACCGCAAAGAGAUAAAUAUGAGUGUCCGCCAACGGGUGCAGAUGGUGGGACAGGAGCAACGAAGGCAGCACGUCAAAAACUAAUCAAUCAAAGACGUAAGUCUAUGCAACCUAAACCGCCCUUAACGUCUUCAAAUGCGGCCAGUGAGAAACAUAGGGAAGCAAUGGCAGCUUUAAGCAGACGAUUAAGCAUUAAUAGUGAAGCGCCACCUUUGGCUAAGAUCCCUAGAACAUCCACAAUGGUUCCAUCACAGCAAGUGGUAUCAAAUGUUAAUAGCGUCGGCGGCGGCUCAUCAAUUGCGAACACUUUCGUUGGCAAUCAAAUGUCAGUAAUAGCUCAGCAACAAUUAUUGCAAUUGCAACAACAACAACAACAACUAUUAAAGCCCGUAAAUAGCGGUUCGGCUACAGGACAACAAACCGUUAUUCAAAGAAAAAUACGUAAAUCGAACCAAAAUAAAACGACACAAAUUCAGCAACAAAGACAACACCAGCCGCCGCCGCCGCAGCAGCAGCAGCAACAUCAGCAACAUCAGCACCAGCACCAACACCAGCAACAGCAACAGCAGCAG